AUGUACCCCCCAGCGCCCUACAAGGCGAGGAAGAAGCGCAACUCAGGGCCCUCCCUGACGCGCUCCCCCUUCGCCGCCUUCGGCCGGGGCCGCCGGGCCCGCCUCGGCAGGAAGGAUGUGGCACUGACCCUGCUGGGCGUCUUCCUCGUGUAUUUGGUGUACACCUCCUGGGGGCCGGGUUCCCGCCGGGAGCCCGAGUCGGCCCGCCUGGAGCGGCUCAUGAACGACGAGGCCUCGGCCCGCCGCGUCUGGGACGUCACGAGCAGCUUCGACUGGGCCGCCAUCAAGUUCAAGUACCCGCCGCCAAGCGACCCGGCUCCGCUGCCCACGGGCCCGGAGGUUAAGAAGGGCAAGAAGAAGGGCUCUGUCCUCCCGCCCGUGCAGCACCGGUUCCCGCCCGAGACGGCGGCGGCGGCGGCGGUGCGCGAGGCCAGGCGGGACGAGGUGCGCGCCGUGUUCCAGAAGAGCUGGCGCAGCUACCGGCGGUUCGCGUGGAUGCAGGAUGCGCUGCUGCCCGUGUCGGGCGGGGGCCGCGACCAGUUCUCCGGGUGGGCGGCGACGCUGGUCGACGCGCUGGACACGCUGUGGAUCAUGGGCAUGCGGGAGGAGUUUGACGAGGCGGUGGACGCCGUGGCGCGCAUCGACUUCGGGCAGUCCACCAACCCGCGAGUCAACAUGUUCGAGACCAACAUCCGCUACCUGGGCGGCCUGAUGGCGGCGUACGACCUCAGCGGGCGCAGCGUGCUGCUCGCCAAGGCGGUCGAGCUGGGCGACAUGCUCUUCGCCGGGUUCAACACCGCCUCGCGCAUGCCCGUCGACUUCUUCGACAUGGGCCAGAGCCAGUCGGGCGAGGGCCUGCAGGUCGAGGGCGGCGUCGUGUCCGCGUCCCCGGGGACCCUGCUGCUCGAGUUCACGCGCCUGACGCAGCUCACUGGUGACCCAAAGUACUACGGCGCCAUCGCGCCCAUCGCGGACCUCUUCCACGCGGGCCAGAACCAGACGAACAUCCCCGGCGUGUGGCCGCAGUGGGUGUCGAUGAGCGCCCCCGACGUCGUCUCGGGCUACUUCUUCUCGCUCGGCAGCGGCGCCGACUCGCUGUUCGAGUACACCAUCAAGAUGCACGUGCUGCUCGGGGGCCACGAGCAAAAGUACGCCACCAUGUCGGCCGGCUGGAUGGACGCGGGGAACGAGCACAUGCUCUUCCGGCCCAUGCUCCCGGACGGCGCCGACGUCCUCCUCGCCGCCAACGCCAACGCGCCCCAGCGCGGGCAGGUCACCCUCGACACGGAGAGCGAGCACCUCGCGUGCUUCCUGGGCGGCACCUACGCGCUGGGCGGGCGCGUCCUGGAGAACCGGGCCCACCUCGUCGACGUCGGCGCGAGGCUCGCAAGGGGCUGCGCGUGGGCCUACCGCGUCAUGCCGACGGGCAUGAUGCCGGAGCGGUUCCGCGCGGUGCCGUGCGAGUCGCGCGAGACGUGCCCCUGGUCGCAGCGCCGCUGGGAGGAGGAGCGCGCCGCGCGGCUCGACCGCGAGGACCACCUGCCCCUCGGGGUCGUCUCGGCCAAGGACAAGCGCUACAUCCUGCGGCCCGAGGCCAUCGAGAGCCUGUUUGUUCUGUGGCGCGUCACGGGCCGCACCGAGUUCCAGGAGGCCGCGUGGGACAUGUUCAGGGCCGUCGCCAACGGCACCGAGACCGAGUACGCCAACGCGGCGGUGAUGGAUGUCACGCGCGCAGAGUACCCUCUUGAGAAGGAGGAUUAUAUGGAGAGCUUCUGGCUCGCCGAGACGCUCAAGUACUUUUACCUGGCGCUGUCGCCGCCGGACUUGAUCAGCCUCGAUGACUUUGUCCUCAACACGGAGGCACACCCCUUCAGGAGGCCGACAUGA